AUGACACAAUUACGACAGCCGCAACCGUCGCAACCCCAAGACCUAUCCAAUGGAGGAAACCAACCGGGAUCUUCCAGCAAACGGCAGCGAGUGGAAGACCAGCCACCUCAGACACAAUCAGCUCAGGCCCAGCUGGACCAGACUCAUCGAUACCGGGCUUCUCUACCUCAGGCGCAGCCAGAACUGGGAGGUGCCGGUCGACGGGUCACCAGCGCACUAGUGACACCAUAUCGAUCACCACAGCCGCCGCAACCCCAAGGCUCAUCGACUGGAGGAAGUCAACCGGGAUCUUCCAUCAAACAGCAGCGAGUGGAAAACCAAGAUGGAGAUUUCUUCGAGAGGGUGUCGGACUUGCACGUCCGGGCGGCAGCGGUUCGGCAGAAAAUUAUGGCGGACUCGCAGUACCGUGAAAUAUUCGCUGCUCAUCCGCGAGUAAAUGACCAGCUCACAGCUCUGAGGAUCGUGGCAGACGCGGGCAUCUAUCGUGCUUUCUACGCGAUCGAGGCCGAGCUGAAGAAAGUGGUGGGUGGUCCCCAGCAAGCACAGGGCCAGCCAGCGCAGGGCCAGCCAGCGCAGGGACAACCAAUGCCGGGACAGCCUGCACAUGGACAUACAGCACAAGAAUAG